AUCCAAAUGAAUUUGCUGCUGUUUCUGAAUGCUACUUUUAUUUUUCCACCAUUAAAUAAGAAGCCAUUCUACAAAAACGGGGGUCAAGGUUUGAAGGGGGAGGGAAAAUAAAAUAAAAAGGACCGUAAACUACAUCCUCCCACAUUCCUCUGUAAGAAAGUAUUUAUAAGAUAUUAGAACAAAUAUAGUACACGAGCCACACAUGGAUGGCAUUCCACAGAAUACAAAAAAGAAAAAAAAAAAAAGAAAAAAAAAAAAAAAAAAAAAGAAAAAAAAAAGGAAAAAAAAUUUAAUCCCCAAAUCGAAGCCCCCUGCAAACCCCAACUCAGAAAUUUUAAUUCGACUCGUCCCUUCCGACCCUUUUUUCUGUUUCUACUUUCCUUUCUUCUCCACGAUCUUCUCUCCGUACCAAUUGUUCCUGUCGUUUUCCAUCGCACGUGCGAUUUAGGCUGUCACCGACUUUCUCGCCCCUUUCCUCUAUUCGAUCGUCGUCUUCGUCUUCGAAACGCUGUACUUGCUGCCUCCAUCUCAAUUCCCGGUGCUCCGAUCGCUGUUACUUUUCAUUCCACUUUCAAUUGCACUCCUUUCAGUGAUCCAAGGAUACACAGCGUGAUGAUGGACUUGUGUUUGGGGUGACCACUGAGGAAGCAUGAGUGAUAGAUGGUCUCACUUCCUGGCGAGGGUGUGGAUUGAGUUAUGCAGUACUUGUUUGUAGUAGUGGUAUUGACUAAGGGAAGGCGUAAAAGAAGAAGAAACAAAGUUAAAUAUGAAUGUGCAGGCGCAGAUGUCAGGGCAGAUAUCUGGACAGGUACCUAAUCAAGGUGGGCUCUCCCAGCAAAAUGGGAAUCCGCUCCAGCCUGCACAGAUGCAGAGUUUGGGUGUUGGUGGUGGCAGUUUAGGUCAUCCACAUAAUAUCUUAAGUAUGGAUCCUGACCUUCCCCGGACACGGGAACUCAUUAAAGGAAGAAUCAUUGAGUUUUUAAGACAGCGGCACCAGCAGCCAAUUCCUGAGAACAAGUUGCGAGAUAUUGCAAAACGCUUAGAAGAGGGAUUAUUUAAGAGUGCUUCUACAAAGGAGGAUUAUAUGAAUUUGAAUACCUUAGAUCAACGUCUACAAGCAGUGGUCCUAAGAUUACAACACCACCGGCAGAAUGUUAAUUCAUCUCCAUCAGUUGGUACUAUGAUACCCACUCCUGGUAUAUCACAUAGUACCAAUAAGGGCUUGAUGGUUUCAUCUUCCAUGGAUACCUCCAUGACUGCUGCUAAUGCAAGUAUGCCUCCUACAACUGUCAACACUGGCAGCCUGUUGCCAACUGGGGGUAUGAAUGGUGGUUCCUUUAGUAGGUCUGAAGGAAAUCUUUCAAAUGGAUACCAACAAUCAUCUGCCAACUUCUCGGUUGCUUCUGUUGGGAUGCCAUCGAUGGGUGUGCAGAGAAUUGGAAGCCAAAUGAUUCCUACUCCGGGAUUUAGUGGUAGCAGCAAUAAUAACAUUAGUAAUCAGUCUUCCAAUAAUGGUGUUGGGCUUGCAACUGUUGAAUCCACCAUGGUAUCUCAGCACCAACAGCAGAAGCAACAUGGUGGUGGUCAAAACAGUCGUAUUUUGCACACCCUUGGCAGCCAAAUGGGUGGUAUAAGGGCUGGCUUGCAGCAAAAAUCUUUGGCAUUUUCAAAUGGAUCCCUUAAUGGUGUGCUAGGUGUGAUGGGAAGUAAUCUACAUACUGUGAAUGAACCAGUGACUUCUGUGGGUUAUCAGACUGCAACAACAUUUGGUAAUUCACCAAAGCCAUUGCCACAACACUACGAUCAACAUCCCCAACCUCCAAUGCAGGGUGAUGGAUUUGGAUUGACCAAUGCUGAUUCUUUUGGGUCUGGAAACUUGUAUGGCACUGUUACUUCUGCUGGAUCAAUGACAGAUACUCAGAAUUUAAAUUCAGUAGGCUUGCAGUCUUUGCCUAGAACCAACUCUUUGAUCAGAAAUCAAACAAAUAUGCAUGGCAUGCAACCUGCUGGACAUAUGAAGCCUCAAACAGUUGAGCAAUUUGAGAAGAUGAAUUUUCAACCUCCGGUAUCUUCAAGAGACAGUCUCACUCAGUCACAUCAACAGAAUCAAUUUCAGCAACCUUCCCAUCAGUUUCAACAACAGCAGCAGUUUGUUCAAAAUCAACAGAAGCAGCAAAGUCAACAGAGCCAGAGUUUGUUGAACAAUAAUGCUUAUGGUCAGUCUCAGCUAGCAUCUGAUUCGGGCAGUCAAGUAAAGCUCGAGCCUGGUGUAGAACAUCAUGAAAUUCUUCACCAACAAGCUCCUGAACAGUUUCAGUUGACUGAAAUGCAGAACCAGUUCCAUCAAAGCCAUUCUGAAGAGCAUUCUUUCCAGCGUGAUGUAUCUUUGCCACUCCCACCAAAUUCUCAGCAGAUGCAACAAGUGUUGCAUUCAAAUCAAUUUGUUGCACAGCCUCAUAAUGAUUUUAACCAACCUGUUGGAGCACAACCAGAAUCAGUUGUUCAGGGUCAGUGGCAUCCUCACUCACAAGACAGGACUCAAAUGCCUGGGAACAUGUCACAUGAGCAGCAUGUCCAAGAGGAUUUCCAUCAGCGAAUAUCUGGGCAAGAUGAUGCUCAGUGUAAUAACUUCUCUUCAGAUGGAACUCUUGUUGGUCAGACUGUUGUUGCCCCUAGAACCACAGCUGAGCUGCCAAAUUCUAGUAGUGCUACUUUAAGAUCUGGAAAUGGAAGCCAUGAUCGCUUGCAGUUUAGAAAUCAACAAAGGUGGCUUUUGUUUCUCCGUCAUGCUCGUAGAUGUCCAGCCUCUGAAGGGAAUUGUCCAGAAGUCCAUUGCUUAACUGUUCAAAAGCUAUGGAGACAUAUGGACUCAUGCAAUACAUCUCAAUGCUCCUAUCCCCGCUGUCUCCACACCAAGAGAUUGAUUCAUCAUCACAAGAAUUGCAGGGAUUUAUCAUGUCCUGUUUGUGUUCCUGUAAAAAAGUAUCUACAGGAAACAGCAAGGCAAAGGCAACGCGUACUUCAGAACUCUGAUUCUCUUUUGCCUGGUUUAGUAGGUGGAGCCUGUAAAACCUAUGAUACUGGAAAUGUUAGAAUGAAUUCUAAAACUUCAACAGCUGUGGGAAAUUCAGAAGAUCUGCAGCCAACUCUGAAACGGUUGAAGAUAGAGCAACCCUCCCAAUUUCUUGCUCCAGGGCAUGAAGGUGUUGCAGUCUCAAGUUCUCUAGUUGCUGAAUCCCAUGUCUCACAGGAUGUUCAGCGACAAGAUAUCCAGAAGGGUGAUAUGGAUAUGUUGAUUAAAUCUGAGCCUAUAGAACUGAAGGCAGAAGUUGCCGUGAGUUCUGGACAGGGAAGUCCUGGUGUUAGUGAGGUAACAGACUUUGUGAGUAAUGUUUCCCAACAAAAAGCUGAUGGUGAACCUAUAACUUGCAGUGAAACUGCUGCUAUGACUAAGGGAGAAAUUGUUAUGGUUGAGGAGGCAGUCCAACCCAAGCAAGAAAUUGUGACACAGCCUGCUGAAAAUGCAGCUGGAACUAAGUCUGGGAAGCCAAAAGUAAAAGGUGUAUCACUGACUGAAUUGUUCACCCCAGAGCAAGUUAGGGAACAUAUUAGAGGUCUCAGGCAGUGGGUUGGCCAGAGCAAAGCAAAGGCUGAAAAGAAUCAAGCAAUGGAACACUCAAUGAGUGAGAACUCUUGUCAGUUGUGUGCAGUUGAAAAGCUUACUUUUGAACCACCACCUAUAUAUUGCUCUCCUUGUGGUGCUCGCAUUAAGCGAAAUGCAAUGUACUAUACAAUGGGAGCUGGUGAUACUCGACAUUAUUUUUGUAUUCCAUGCUAUAAUGAGGCUCGUGGGGAUUCUGUUGUUGUUGAUGCGACUGUCAUUCCAAAGGCACGGCUUGAGAAGAAGAAAAAUGAUGAAGAGACUGAAGAAUGGUGGGUUCAAUGUGACAAGUGUGAAGCUUGGCAGCAUCAAAUUUGUACUUUGUUUAAUGGUCGAAGGAAUGAUGGUGGGCAAGCUGAAUAUACGUGCCCUAAGUGCUAUAUAGAUGAGGUCGAAAGAGGGGAGCGUAAGCCAUUACCACAGAGUGCUGUUCUUGGGGCAAAAGAUUUGCCAAGAACAAUCCUUAGUGAUCACAUAGAACAGCGGUUAUUUAGGAAACUGAAGCAGGAACGACUAGAGAGGGCAAGGACUCAAGGAAAAGGUUAUGAUGAGGUUCCUGGAGCAGAAGCACUUGUAGUGCGAGUUGUUUCAUCUGUUGAUAAAAAGUUGGAAGUGAAGCAGCGAUUUCUUGAAAUUUUUCAGGAAGAAAAUUAUCCAUCAGAAUUCCCAUAUAAAUCAAAGGUUGUUUUAUUGUUUCAGAAGAUUGAAGGAGUAGAAGUAUGCUUGUUUGGCAUGUAUGUCCAAGAAUUUGGAUCAGAAUGCGCAUUCCCAAAUCAGCGUCGUGUUUAUCUGUCAUACUUAGAUUCUGUGAAGUAUUUCCGGCCAGAGGUUAAAGCAGUUACUGGAGAGGCUCUUCGCACAUUUGUUUAUCAUGAAAUUCUUAUUGGAUACCUUGAAUAUUGUAAGAAACGGGGUUUUACAAGCUGUUAUAUCUGGGCAUGCCCUCCACUAAAGGGGGAAGAUUAUAUUUUAUAUUGCCAUCCAGAAAUCCAGAAAACACCUAAAUCUGACAAACUUCGAGAAUGGUACUUAUCGAUGUUAAGAAAAGCUACCAAGGAAAAUAUCGUUGUUGACCUCACUAAUUUGUAUGAUCACUUCUUUGUAUCUACUGGUGAAUGUAAGGCUAAGGUAACGGCAGCUAGACUGCCGUAUUUUGAUGGUGAUUACUGGCCUGGUGCUGCUGAGGAUCUAAUUAAUCAACUACGUCAAGAAGAAGAUGGCAGAAAGCAGAAUAAGAAAGGAACAACCAAAAAGACCAUCACAAAAAGAGCUCUAAAAGCAUCUGGUCAGUCUGAUCUCUCUGGUAACGCUUCGAAGGAUCUGCUUCUGAUGCAUAAACUUGGUGAGACCAUUUCCCCAAUGAAGGAAGACUUUAUCAUGGUUCAUUUGCAGCAUUGCUGCACUCAUUGUUGUAUCCUCAUGGUGUCUGGCAUCCGUUGGGUUUGCAACCAGUGCAAAAAUUUUCAGCUAUGUGACAAGUGUUAUGAAGCAGAACAGAAACGUGAAGAGAAAGAUAGACAUCCCAUGAAUCAAAGGGAGAAACAUGUAUUACAUCCUUUUGAAAUCACCGAUGUACCAGCUGAUACAAAGGAUAAAGAUGAAAUUCUUGAGUCUGAAUUCUUUGAUACCAGACAGGCAUUUUUGAGUCUUUGUCAGGGCAAUCAUUACCAGUAUGAUACCCUCAGGCGGGCUAAACAUUCAUCUAUGAUGGUCCUAUACCACCUUCACAAUCCAACUGCUCCUGCAUUUGUGACCACCUGUAAUAUAUGUUAUCUUGACAUUGAAACUGGUCAAGGUUGGCGUUGUGAGGUUUGCCCUGAUUAUGAUGUGUGCAAUGGAUGCUACCAAAAGGAUGGGGGUAUUGAUCAUCCUCAUAAAUUAACCAAUCAUCCAUCCACGGCUGACCGUGAUGCACAGAAUAAAGAAGCUAGGCAGCAACGUGUUUUACAGCUUAGGAAAAUGCUUGACCUUCUUGUGCAUGCAUCACAAUGCCGUUCUCCACAUUGCCAAUAUCCAAAUUGUAGGAAGGUGAAGGGCCUUUUCCGGCAUGGAAUUCAAUGCAAAACACGCGCCUCUGGGGGUUGUGUUCUUUGUAAGAGAAUGUGGUACAUAUUGCAACUUCAUGCACGAGCAUGCAAAGAAUCUGAAUGCCAUGUGCCACGAUGCAGAGAUCUUAAAGAACAUUUGAGGAGGCUCCAGCAGCAGUCUGAUUCAAGGCGUAGGGCUGCUGUGAUGGAGAUGAUGAGACAGAGGGCUGCAGAGGUUGCUGGAAACUCUGGAUAAGCAAAUUGUACAUAUGAAUUGGAUGAUUUGGCUAGGAAGCUCCCUCAAGGUAGGGAGGUAGAGAAUAGCUUUUUGCUCUGCCCUGGUUCACUGCUUGGAACAGGGUAGUGAUGGGGAGAAGUGGCACAUAUAGAUGGUCAGAGGUGAUAAGCAUGCAUUAGUACAAAGACACAACUUUAGGGAGCAAUUCUUUGAUUUAUAACCGCACUACUGAAUUCUCUAGAAUGAAAGGGAGUGAAGUUAUAGAAGGAGAAUUGCCUUGUCGAGAAGCCAGCCACUAAUUACGCCCCCACCAAAAGUCAGAAUACUAAUGUGUGUGAGUCGGUGGCCUGAUUUGGUGAUUCAUUGAUUUCAUCCUCUUUUUUUUUUUUUUUUCUGUUUUUUUUUUUUUUUUUUUUUUUUUUUGCCUGCUAAAUAAGAAUAUAAGCAUAAAUUAUUG